AUGAGCAGGCUUUCUUCACACUUUCUCUCCACAAAAAGCUUCGUAAAUCUGAUAUUCAUACCCCUCUCGACAGUCGCAUUCGCUCCAACUAUGGCAGGAGGAGUAGCUCGCGAAUUUCUUAAUGCUAUCAACGGGUUUCCUGUACUGUCACCCCCUUUUGUGGCCACAUUCCACGGCCCCAUCUACCGUUUGCGCAUGCCGCUGCCAGCGUCAUGGGUGACGGUUUACGGCGUCAUUGUCCCUAUCUUCUGUCGGGUAGCCCUUUCCAACCAAGCACAUUGGUUCGUCGACCUUUGUGUGGAGGGACUCACCUGGUGUUUUGGCCGAGGGUGGGAAAGUUUUGCCCUGCAUGCCGGGUUUCAACCAGGUGACGAGCUCAUGUUCGCCUAUCAAAGCGAUGGGCUCUUCAUUGUCAGUCUUUUCGACAACGGACCUCCACUUUCAUUAUUCGACGAUCCGGGUAUGGUGUACUUUGAUGUGUGUUUCCAUUCAUACCACUUUUCGGAAAAAAUAAAUAUACUAACUCUUAGGCGUGAUGUAGUUGUCGCAGUUGCGGAUGUACAAGGUUUGGACGCGCUUCCGGACAUUCAACAACUCUCCGCCGAGUAGGAUGCGGCCACGACAGCGAUGACAGCCGCCGCCCACAUGCCGUUCCCCCCCACCGAGAUCGUUGAGUUAGUCGAAGGUGCAGACGAAAUGCUGCAGUGUUUCCCAUCCCCGUUGUGGAGACACAUGUCGGUAAGAACCCGCAACUUGAAUAUGGCUGUUGGCCGGCCGAUCAACCAAACCGGCCUUGUCCUGCAAGAUGCGACAUAACCGCUGAAAUGUGUUACGAUCCAUCCUCAGGUUGCUUAUGCAAUUCCUGUCAGUUAACCCAAACAAUCGGUCCAUGUGCUUAACUUGGGUCGGGAGUUUUGAUUUCAUGCUGUAGGCGAUGGCUGCACGUCCACCCCAUCCCUUAUUCUGCGAAGAAAUCAUUGUGCGGACCAUGUUCAAGACCAUAAGCAGAUCCUGUUGCUGGGUAUGGACGAUGUACUCCACCAUAAUGACAAUGGCCUCUGUCUCCUUUCUUUUU